UCAAUCUAAUAUAAUUAACAAAGCUUUUAUGUUUACACCUCAAAAGUAUAUUUAUUAUAAAUAAUUUGAACUACUGUAACUUGUACAGUACAAUAAGAUCCAACUCGAUGUUUAAAUUACAGUUCCAUCAAAAUCCUUAGCCUCUGCUCUCCUCUCCUCUCCGUGACUUCCAACUUCCAAAACUCGUUUCCUUUCCACCUGUCGUCUUCUUAUUCUCUGACCAACCUCCACAUAAUUUUCUUCUCCAGAUUUCGUCCUCCAAACCAAGCAGGCAGGUUCGUUGUCGUCGUCGUCGUCGUCUUAACGUCUUCUUCUGUGAUUUCGUAAGAAGCCUUGAAACGAAAAUGAGAGACUUAGCACUUCAAACACCACAGAGAGAUCAAUCGUCUUCAGCUCGCAGGCUGAAAUCUUCGUCAGAGCUCAAUAGGAAUGCACGCAAGGUCACAAAAAAGAGUUUGAAUCCUGAGUUCAAAGCCGUUUCAGAAGAAGAAUCUGUGGUUACGGAGUCUCUCAAGGAAAUUUCUGAUGUUUCCGGUGAUAAUUCAUUCAGCGAUUCUGCAGAGAUUUUGAUAACUAGUCUAGCAACGCCAGCAGCAGAUGCAUAUUCAACAGAAACAGUAGGUGUUAGUUCACCUGCACUGUCUCUGUCUUCAUCCUCCGUUGUUACUUCAGACAAGCAGGAGUUCGUUGCUACCUCAGAACCCCAAGUAAGCUAUCCUGAAUUAGAUUUUCUAAAGAAGAUCGAAUGUGUUGAGGCUGAAUUGGUGCUAAAACAUCUGAGGGAAGCCAGAACUGAGGUCUUGAAAUCAAAAGAUAUGGGUAAUUCAAUGAAACUGCUUCUGGAUUGUUUGCUGGACAUUAUCAUUGAUGAAUUCUAUGGUGGUGUAUACAAGAAGAAGGAAUGGGUCGAUAAACUACUAUCAAACAUGCUCAAACUGAGUUUUAUGAUCGGGAUAACUUUUGCUUUAUUCAUCAUCGUAUUUUGGAUCUUCAACUCGGAUGCUGCUGCUGCUGCUAAUGCAUUUCCCAUGGAUCCAACACCAACUUGA